CUUUACUGCACCCUCUUUACCUUAUAACCUUUAUCCCAACUCCAACAAACUACACUUACGGACGCCAUGUUUUCUCGCCUUCUCUUUCUCAUGACCAUUCUCUCUUUAUUUGCAGGGAGAGGAAUCGCAAAGAAGGCUCAGGCGUUGUUUGUUUUUGGAGACUCUUAUGCCGACACUGGAAAUCGAAAUCCGUACAAUCAAAGCGUAAACUAGCCAUGGAGACGACCAUACGGUUUGACCUGGCCUGGCUAUCCUGCAGGCAGAUUUUCUUCUGGAAAAGUCCAGACAGAUUUUUGGGGGGAUAUUUUAGGGCUUCCCGUUCCCAUAGCAUAUGAGCUGCUGAGAAGUCAUGACUGCAAAUCAACUGCAAAGAAGAUUAGACAAGGAGUGAACUUUGCAGUGGGAGGCAGUGGAAUAUUUCAAGCCUACGGUUUUAUAAAAGUAGCACAACAGGUGAAGCAGUUUAAGAAGGUGAUAGGACAAAGUCAUGAGUUCGACUCUCAGAAGCUCUCGCAGUGUGUAGUUCUUAUCUCUGUGGUUGGUAACGACUACCUUGCAUUCCUUGAUAGCAGAAACGGCUCCAUUCAGGGAGUGAUGGAUCUGGUGAAACCUGUGGUAAGCGGGAUAAUCGAGGCCGUGAAAGAGUUGUAUGAAAGCGGGCUUAGGAAUUUUGCGGUGAGUAAUAUUGGUCCGUUUGGGUGCAUGCCUGAGAUCGGCAAAACAUCCUGUGAUUCAAACUACGAUUACUUUUUAGCUCUUCAUACAAGAUUAUUGAGAGAGGGCGUAGAAAGCCUCAAAUCGGAUCUCAAGGAAUUGUCCAUCAUAAUUUCAGAUUUGGUGUCUGCAAUUAAAUAUAUCUUCUCCGGUCCUGCACAAUUUGGUUUUGUGGAUUUGUUCAUUCCUUGCUGUGCCGCAAAAGGUAGGGUUGAUAUGUGUGGAGAAGUGGAUCAAGUAGGGAGGGCUUUAUAUGAAGUGUGUUCAAACGUAGAUGAAAAGUUCUACUGGGAUGGAGGCCAUCCAACACAGAGAGGAUGGGAUGCGAUAAUGUGGCUGUACGGUAAUGGAGCAGAAGAAGAGAAUAAAACAAUCAGUUUUAUUGAGGGGGCGCCAAACGUUAUUGAGUGGGUAGAGUCAUUUGGAUUUGUGGCUUACAGUAUCUCCACAAUGUUUUCACCUAAAUAAGCUUUUUAUAGGCAAUUUGGGGAUCUAUUAAAUGAAUGCUAUGUACCAAGUGAUUUCAGAACUUUUCUUUAAAAGAUUUUUAGAUUCUGUGCAAGAAACGUAUAUUAAAUGCCUUCCUG